UGUUUAGAAUCUUACCUUUGUGGUGGGUCGCAGGUGUCCAGGUCACAUCACAUUACAUUUGAGAAAAUGCAUGAUCUGUAAUUGUAUGUCAUUGUCAAUUUAUUGAUUCAAGUGCUUCAGUAUAGCCUUUUCGAAAGAAAAACGAAAAUGUGGUGCUGUAGAUAUGGAAUGAUACUGGUAUUGGUAGUAACGAAUACUAGCUGUCGGAAUAUAUCAAGCUGUCCAGAAAUUUGUCAGUGCAAUGAAUAUGUCACCAAUUGUCAGAACAAUGACUUGUCUCAACUUCCACAAAAAAUAGAUACAAAUGUUAGGAGUUUGGAUUUAUCUAUCAACAACUUUCGGAACAUUUCCGAAAAUCUGAAGCUCUUCCGAAACUUGAAAUAUCUCAACUUGUCCCACAACAAAAUCGACACUCUUCGUUCAUCGGAUUUCGAAGACAUGGAUCAACUGGAGCGUUUGGAUUUGACUUUCAACCUCUUCCACGACUGGAAAGAUAUUCAUUCACAAGUUUUCACAAAUUUAGUCAGUCUUGUAUUUCUGGAUAUGUCGAAUAAUGAACUAGGGAGUAUUCCACAGUUUUCCAAUCACUUUGUUGUCAAUUCCCUCCAGAUACUAGAGCUCAACAACUGUUCGAUAGAGUCUGUGCCAGCAUUAGCUUUCAAUAAUAUGAGUAGUUUGAAAGAACUACACCUAUCUUCCAAUCCUAUACGAGAAAUCAAUGGAACUUUCUCCUCUUCCAGUAUAAGAUUUAUUGACUUGAGUAAUUCCCAUUUGGGAAGAAUUAGAGCAGAUAUCUUCGAACGGGUUACUCUUCUAGAAACCCUUUUAUUGAAGAAUAAUAUCAAACUGAGGAAAAUUACCAUAAAUUCUGAUAGUUUGCAGUAUAUAGACCUGACAGAUAGUAGUUUGGAAAAUAUUCCACACAGUAAUAUGAACACCAUAACUACAUUGAAUUUAUUCGGGAAUUUCUUAAGAACACUCGAAAACAAUGCGUUCUCGAACUACUCCAGUUUGAUAUACUUGAACCUCUCUUCCAACGCGAUAACAGAUAUCGAAGAAAAUUGUUUCAGAGGUCUCGAUAAUCUGAAAGUUGUAGAUUUAUCUCUCAACAAAAUAUCUCUUUUGAGUGAAAAGACAUUUUUACCAACGAUAUCCCUCGUAAAACUGGAUAUAUCGCAUAACUAUAUAAGUACAAUAGACACUAUUACCAGUACAUCAUUAAAUAACCUGGAUGCCAGCUAUUGUGAGAUCUAUAGCGUUGUCAAGUACAGUCUUUCCAACCUCCCAAAACUGAUGCAUCUUUCAUUGAGGCGAAACUUCAUGACCUCCCUUCCCGAUGGGUGGGUUGGCGAUCGCUUAGUUGAUAUCAACCUAAGCGAUUGCAAAAUAAAGAAUAUCAAUAACAAGACAUUCUCACAAAUGCUGCACCUCAAGACCCUGGAUCUCACCAGCAACCAGUUGAUUUCGAUAAACCCAAGUUACUUCCCAAAAUCGCUCAGAACUAUAAGAAUAGAAAACAAUCAAUGGAGAUGUGACUGCAAAGAACUCAAACAAGCAUUCGAGUGGUUUCUGGAAUCUGGAGACAAUGGAAAUGGACUGAUUUGUGACACUCCUGAGAAUGUGGAAGGAGAAACUUGGUAUUCAGCAUGUCAAAAAGAGUGGCACCCACCAAAAAAAAACGAUUUGUAUUGGUACUCACUGGUACUGAUAACAUCGAUGGCGUUGCUUCUUGUAAGUGUCACCAUCAUGAGAAAAGUGAAUCAAAUAAAAGAGAAGCGAUCAAGAGAAGAAGAUGAGAGGAGAAGAACGCAGGAGAGGGAGGCCAGAGAAGCGUUAGAGAGAAUGCAACGACGGCACAGAGAAUAUCGGGAGGAGGCAAUGAGAAAUGCGCCCGAUCCUAGGGAAAGUCAGGGACCUCCUUCUUACAACGAUGCUUUACUCCUCCCAAGGAUUGAUGCAUCACAUCCUAGCCUAGCGGGCAGUCAGCACAGCUUGGCUUCCAGAGGCAGUCACCAUGGUAGUAAUCCAGAAGUCAAUAAGAAGGGAAAAGUAAGACGAAAACGAAGAAGAAGGAGGUCGGAGAGCUUGUCUAGGGUUAACACAGAAGACACUGACACCUCUGGAGCCGAGAGGCCCCAACGGCCGAUGGAAAGUGAUUUUUAAUCAAAGUCAUAGACAUUAGUAAAAAAUAUCUCUUACCGGGAACUGUAACUAGACUGAUAUAAUUCAGCAUUAUAAGACCCCAACAUAAUUGUGAUUGACAUUAAUGAAGUGAAUUGGUAAAUUUGCAAUAGUAAACAUGUCCCUACAUUUAUUUUUGUAUCAAGGCAAACCUAUUAUAUCAGUUGACUUCGUCUAACUCGAAGGGGACAGGCUUGCAUCUAAAAAAUAAAACGUUUUAGAUGUUGGUGAAUAAUAUUGAGAGAUCUUGACCCUGAAGAUCAUGGAUUAGGUUGUAUAUUUAUAGAAUUUCUGAUAUGACUUAAUUUAUUGAAUUGAAGUAAAUAAUCUUUACGCAUCUUAAUUUACCUUCUAUAUUUAGCAAAGUCUUGUAAAUCAUUCGUUUUUUGUUGAAAUAUUGUUCACAGAGAUGUACAAUAUAUGAGAUAUUCCUAGAUUCAACCCUAAACGACAUGACAUUUAUUAACAAAUUUAUUAUAUGAAGAGGAGCUUUUCAAAACUCCCUCAAUGAAUAGUUCAUCUAGAAUGAUCGUUCAAACUAUAUUUUGAUUAUAAUACUAAGAAAACAUGGAGAGUUCGGAAUUUGAUUCAAUUCAUUAGGAAAAAAUAUGCAUUUUCUUGUAAAAAUGUACUAGUGCCAUUUUUAUGUUAACUAUUCUGUCAUUUGAACUCCUGGUGGAUUUUUUAUUCUAUUUCCCCAAAUUAUCUUCCGCUGAAGAUUAUUUCUGAUAUGGAAAUAUUUUGGGAGGAAUUUGUUUUAAUGGGGUUUUCGAAUGAGUACAAGAAUUGCCAAAUGUACAGUUUGGAAUCAGAAAUAUAAUUUCUAUAUCGUUAUCGACAAUAUUUUAUUGGUGUUCGAAUAUGUAUUUUUUGUAAUAUAUUAGCCUAUGGA